AUGGUUAAUGAGCUGGAAGAAAACGGGUGCUAUGUGGCUCUGACAGAUGAUUCCCUGGAUGCAAAGUCUAUGAUGGACCGAGUGCGGAGUCCCAAGGCCGGGGCUAUUGUCCUCUUUGCUGGUACCACCCGUGAUAAUUUUGGUGGGAAACCUGUAAAAGAGCUUCAGUAUACCUCUUACGAGCCACGUGCUCUUCAGACAAUGCUCAAAAUAUGCCACAAAGUCAAAGAGAAGCAUUCUUUAAUAUCAAUCGCAAUGAUACACCGGUUAGGUGUUGUACCUAUCGGAGAAGAAAGCAUUCUGAUUGCAGUCUCAUCUCCUCAUCGUCAAGCUGCUUGGAGAGCCGGCGAGGAAGCAUUAGAGGAGUGUAAAGAAAGCGUUGAGGUGUGGAAAAAAGAGGAGUUUGGAGGCAGAGAAGGCGGGGUAUGGAGAGCAAAUAGGGACGGAGCUGCUGGAAUCAGGGUAGAUGGAGAAGGCAAAUGA